GUGCCUGGUUCUUCUUGAUUGCUGUUAAUUUUGGAAUUGGAACCCUAGAUUCAUUUUGAGAGAGGGAGGGAGGAGUGGGCAAUUGGAAUUGGGGUCCAAGGGGAUACUUUGGACUUUUUGACUUGCGCAGGCAAAGGCUACUCUUUUAAUAAGGUCUCCAUAGUUUUCCCUCAAAACCCUCUCUAAUGCCCGCAUUUCAUCUCAGUUUGUAGCAUUAUUAAGGGCAUGAUACAUUCCUGCACUUUUACAGUUUCGAAGUCUUUGAAUUUCGGAGCUUUGGGAGUGAGGAGGUCAUUGAAUUUGGGAUCGAAUCUUUCGUGCAAGUGUUUGGUGAGGUCGAUUAGAAUGGAUAAUGGUACUGAUUGUAGCGCGAUGGAUGCAAGCAAUGAAUCUAGAGGUGCCUUGGUAGUUUUUGAAGGACUGGAUCGUAGUGGUAAAACUUCACAAUGUGGGAGGCUGCUUUCAUAUUUGGAGGGAUUGGGGCAUUCAAUCGAGUUAUGGCGAUUCCCCGACAGAACGACAAGUGUUGGGAAGAUGAUAUCGGCAUAUCUGAGUAAUGAAUCGCAGUUGGAUGACCACACAAUCCAUCUUCUUUUCAGUGCAAAUCGGUGGGAGAAGAGAUCAAUGAUGGAAAUGAAACUGAAAGCUGGAACCACCCUUAUAGUAGACCGUUACUCUUAUUCUGGGGUUGCUUUCUCAUCUGCUAAAGGACUUGAUUUCGAAUGGUGUAAGGCACCAGAGAUUGGGCUAAUAGCUCCUGAUCUAGUAUUGUACCUCGAGAUACCUCCCGAGAAAGCUGCCGAAAGAGGAGGGUAUGGAGGUGAGAGAUACGAGCAGCUCAAGUUUCAGAAGAAGGUUGCCCAACACUAUAAGCUUCUUGAAGAUUCUUCUUGGAAGAUAAUUGACGCAUCGCAAUCCAUGGAAGAUGUGGAAAAACAGGUGAAGGAGACGGUAUCGGAACAUGUCUUGAGUUGCCAGAAAGGGAAGGCCCUUUCGUCCCUCUGGUCUUGCUAGUUUAGCUUCAAGUUGUGUCUGGUAUAGGACUUAAAAUGAGGUGUUUGCCUCAAAGUGUGUUGAAUAUUGUAGAAUGUAUUACUCCGGAAUGCAGUUCUUAUUGAAUUAACAACUGCUAUCGCAGUUGGUAACAAUGUAGCUUUAUGCGCUAAAAAAGUCCUUGCUCGGA